AUGAAACUACGCAACGGCACUCACGUCGACGGUGUCGUCGAUAUCAAUCCGAUAGCCAAGUCAGCUAUUGCCCAGCACAACGCCUCAUCGCCCCUCUUGAGGCUCCCGCUAGAGGUCAAAAACCUCAUCUACAGAUACACGUUCGGCGACAAUCUUGUUCACAUCAUCCAGAACUCCGAUGAAGGAACGGCUAUGUUCAAGAACACCAUCUGUCGCGCCUCGAUCUCGGAGGAAGAGGCCCAGGAGAACUUCGACGGUGAAAGUACCCACCAGUGGUACGCCCCAGCAAACGAGGGCCGCCAUAACUGCUGUCGCUUUCAGAAGGGCGCAACCUUCCCUGAUAGGGAAGAGGGGCCAAAGGUUUUGAGCCUAAGUCUAUUGCGAUGCUGCCGCCAGAUAUACAAUGAAGCUCAUCAUAUCCCACAUGCGACAAAUACUUUCUCGUGUAACGACCCAGAGACGCUUCAAAAAUUUGUUGUAUCGCUGGCACAAGGCAGCAAUGACAACCAUCUGGCGGUCCGCAGCCUAUUCCUUGAGAUGGUGUAUGAGACUACCUUUGAGAAUUCGUGGGGAAGGGCAGUCUCGACUGGCGCAAAGCUGCUCAAGGGGCUUCAAAACAUCAGCAUUGACGUUGAUUGGUGCGCCUGGCAUUUCUGCCUAGGGCCCCGAAAUCAGGCAGAAUUGAGAAAAGAAGGAACAAGCUGGUCAAACAAUGUCAUCUCUCAUGUCCUCGCGCUCAAGAAGCUGCCGCUGAAGACCGCGACGAUGGUGAUCAGUGACCAGGGAACCGAGGAACAGCACAUUGGUACCACCUCACCGUACUGGAAAAAUCACGAGGCAGAAUACCGCUGGACUUUGGACGAGAAAAAGGAGUGGGCACGUUACGCCAGGGAAGCCCUUCUUGAACCAAAAAUUUGA